CACACUGACCCAGACACUCGACUCUCGAACGAAUCGGUCGCGGUUGUUUUACGGUUUUUUGUUUGUCUAUAGGAAAGCCCUUUCGCACCGGAGGAAAACGAAAAUGCGCUCGGAAAGUCAGUCGUAGACUUGGCGAAAAUAGCGGUUGCAGCGGCAAACUUCUAACUGUUUUCUAACCGGAAAAGGAAUGCGCGAACCAAUUGGAAGUGCAGUUCGAAGUGCGAGCAUAUAAGUGUCAGAUUCGGUGCAAAAAUAAGCGAAUAAUUGUUUGCGAUUUCCCGAGGAAAACGGAAAAUUAAGCGUCUGUCUGCCAGCCCACUGUGUGCGUGUGUGUACGUGUGUCUGUGAGUGUAUAACAUAACAGAAAACAAAACAACAACAACAACAGCAGCAGCAGCAACAACAAGGCAGUCAGGAUCAACGGUUCUGGGGUAGUUUGUUUGAGUUUGAACAAAGCAAAGAAAAGCAAAUGCAAAAGCAAAGCACACGAAACUGGGCGUAAGAAGGAGAGAGAGGAAAUAGAGGGGAAUAACGGGAGAAUACACCCCGCUCGCACUCACAACCGCUUCUAUCCUUUGUGUGCGCUUUUGCCGCCUGGAAAUGCAAUGCUAGAACAACAACAACACCGUGACCGCAGAAGUGCAAGCAUCAACAUCAUCGCCUAAUUGUCUGCAACAUCGUCGGCCGAAAAAUCAAGCAAGCUGCAUAAAGUCGCCCUGCGAUAUUUUACAGUCGGAAGUGCACCAUCACAACAAGCAACACAAGAAUAUAAUGAGGAAAAUAAAUAAUCAAAAGUAAAAGUCAUCCAAGUAAACUGAUACCGAGCAAUUGAACGACGAACGAAACCAAUCGAUAUCCAUCCCUACCAAACCAGCUAACACUAAGAAACAUGGAUCUAAGUCUGGAACGCGAUAGCUCCGCGCUGGGUAGUCUAUUUCAGCAGAUUAUCAAUGACAUGAAGGUGAUACUAUUGUCAUCAUGAGAACUCUCAUGCUGUUCGUAUUUGGCUUUGCUAGUUCCUGGGCCGCAGACUACGAGCUGUUGCUGGAGGACCCUGAUAUCUUUUCACCCUGCACUGAACCGCCGCCGGGAUCGAUUGGAUUCCACGAUGCCUUCGAUAUUGGCGAUCUGGUAGUCGACCAGGACAUGGACAUCAUUCACCUGUCCGAGAGUGUCACCUCAAUCUGGGAUGUGGAGCCCACAGAUCGCAUAUCCGCCAGGUUUGCAAUAAUGCAUUACAACCGCGGCAGCUGGGAACCGACUGUAUUUAGCAUGGCCACGCCGGACUUCUGCGCCUCAAUGUUUGAUGAGAAUCAGUCGUGGUUUAAGUACUGGACCAAACACAUUUCGAACCGCGAUGAGGUGAUGGAGAAGUGUUUUAAAACGCGUGGUACCGUUAUAAUGCACAAUCCAUUCGAUCUGCAGCUGCGUCUAACGGACAUUCGUGGUGCAACUCUCAGGGGUCGUUACAAAGCUGUGGUCACCUUUGAGGCGGUCGAUGAGAAGGAUGUGCCACGCCGUAAUUCCAUUUGCUUCGAAAUCAGGGGAGAGGCCGAGAAGAUAAAUUAAUUAAGGGCUUAAUCUGUUCAAGGCGCGAUAUCAGUAACCUAAAAAACAAUAUAAACCCAAUAUCUACAUAUUUUGAAAAU